CUCUAGCCCGCCAUCAUGGCGACGAAAGCGGGGAGCCGCCUGCUGGACUACAACGCUAUUGACCUGAGCGACAGUUCUCCUCCUCCUUCAAAAUGCAGUCGACUCAACUCAUCGAAAUCGGAUUCCAGGUCCUCAUUGAUGCUGAUGAACUUUGUGGAGGAAGUGACGAAGCGGAAGAAGCCAAAAAACUACCGCUUCCACUACGAGUGGGAGAGCGAGUUCCUGUUCACCAUGAGCCAGGGCAAGUGCACCUGCCUCAUCUGCCACGCCACAGUCGCCAUCAGCAAAAAGAGCAACCUCAGGAGGCACUUCACCACCAUGCACAAGCAGUUCAUUCAGCAGUACCCCGAGAACUCCUCCGCUCGAGCCAUGAAGGUUGUGGAACUGAAAGCCGCCUUCCCACAUCCAAUGAACAUGGACGAUUGCGUCGUGACCACGCCUCCAAAACCGCCCACCCCGCCCACAAACUACUUCGACUUUUUCCCCCAGGUAACGCUGCGCGAAAUGGCUAACUCCACCAUGUCUUCUAACUGCCUGUUGAACAAGCAGACGACUCAGAAAUACUUGAGCCUACCCCAGCCCGACGACCAGAUCCAGGUGAUGUACGUGUGGAUCGACGGAACCGGAGAACAGUUGCGAGCCAAAACCAGGACCGUGAACUUGGUACCUAAAACAGCCGAAGAGUUGCCCAUCUGGAAUUUCGACGGUUCCAGCACGUAUCAGGCAGAGGGUUCGAAUUCUGACAUCUACCUGCAUCCUGUGGCUCUCUACAACGAUCCAUUCCGAGUUGGCAACAACAAAUUGGUGCUCUGCGAGACUUACAAAUACAACCACAAGCCCACUGAAUCGAACAAACGCCGCACUUGCGUCGAACUGAUGGACAAGGUGAAGGAUGAGAAACCCUGGUUCGGCAUCGAACAAGAAUAUACCCUUCUGGACUGUGAUAAACACCCCUUCGGUUGGCCGAAGAACGGAUUCCCAGGACCCCAAGGACCCUACUACUGCGGGGUAGGUGCAGACAAGGUGUACGGCCGUGACGUCGUGGAAUCUCACUACAGGGCGUGCCUGUACGCGGGCAUCCCCAUCUCGGGCACCAAUGCCGAGGUGAUGCCCGCCCAGUGGGAGUUCCAGGUUGGACCUUCGGAGGGCGUGGCCAUCGGGGACGACCUCUGGAUGGCCAGGUUCAUCCUUCAGAGGGUGGCCGAAGACUUCGGAGUGGUGGUGACCUUCGAUCCCAAGCCCAUCCCGGGAGACUGGAACGGGGCUGGAGCGCACACCAACUUCAGCACGAAAGCCAUGAGGGAGAAUGAUGGUAUCAAGGAAAUCGAGAAGGCCAUCGAGCGUCUCUCCAAGCACCACGAGCGCCACAUCGCGGCCUACGACCCGAAGCAGGGCAAAGACAACGAGCGCCGCCUGACGGGCUUCCACGAGACGUCGAGCAUCCACGACUUCAGCGCCGGGGUGGCCAAUCGCGGCGCCAGCAUCCGCAUCCCGCGUCACGUGGCCGAGGAGGGAAAGGGCUACCUGGAGGACAGGCGACCCUCCUCCAACUGCGACCCCUACAGUGUGGCCGAGGUCAUGGUCAAGACCGUCUGUCUCGGAGAGUGAACGGGAUCAUCGUACCUACCGACUUGUCGAUACUUGUAGAGAAUUGUCUCCUUCGUAGGUGUCGUCUGCCUCCCCUACCACUCAACGCACCUUCCUUUUCUGUGGACUGUGGUUUCUUUGGACCAUUGAGCCUAUUUGUGAAUACGAAUUAGUUCAGAUGUGUAUAAUUCAUUCUUUUAUAAAUACGUUAAAAUAAAAACGAAUUUUGUUUCGUG